AUGCUGACCGAACUCUGCCUAAUAGCUACAGCUUUUGACAAUGACUCUUUCAUCUCGAAUUCAAAUACAGAAACAUAUUAUAUAAGCAGAGAACAGUCUGACUAUUAUAUAAACAUUAUCAUGAAAGUCAAGGCUGCACUUCACUGGAUGUCAGCUAUCAUGUGUUCACUGGCCUUGUUGUCAUUUACCAGAGCCAAAGUUUGCAACACCAGCAAAGGCUUCCUUACUGCGCUGAAUUUGUUUGAACUUGUGGCAUCAGUGACUAGUAUUG